AUGCAAAUGCAGUUCUUUGAAGAAAUGGUAGAAAAACUUGAAAACACCAGUAAAAAACUGGAUCCAGAAAUCGACAUCAAUAAUGCAAAGUUAAUAACAGACAAGCAUCACCCCGAAGUGGAAAAAGGACAGGCAUACAAAGACAAGGAAACUCUAAAGAAUGUCCUCAGCUACUACGCAAUCAAAAACAACUUUCAGUACAAAGUGUGGAAGUCAUGCUCUCAAGAGUGCAGUCUGAAAUGUGUUCACAAAAGCUGCAAUUGCCUGAACAAAUGCCCUUUUCCCACACUUUGUACUGAAAUACACCUGUUUGAUAUCUGCAACAGGUUCUCAAAUAUCCACACAUGCCCCAUAAAUAUUAGGCAUGAAGACCAAAGGCAAGAAACAUCGAAACUGGUAGGGGAAUGCAUAAAACCGAAGUUCUUGAACAUAAAGACAAAGGCAACACCGAUGGACAUAAAAGUGGAGUUGAAAUACAUGUAUGGCAUCAAAAUGAACUAUAUGAAAGCUUGGAGAAGUAAGGAACAUGCAGUAAAUGACUUGAGAGGUAAUGCUAGUGACUCGUACAGCCUAAUACCGAGUUUCUUACACAUGGUGGAAAAAAUAAACCCGGGAUCAUUUGUCGAUCUGAAAACAACAGAAGACAACCGCUUGCUCUUUGUUUUCAUGGCGUUGGAUGCAUCCAUAAAAGGGUGGGGAGCAUGCAGACCGAUAGUUGUUGUGGACGGAACGUUCCUCAAAGCAGCUUAUGGGGGAACUUUGUUGUGCGCAUGCACACAAGAUGGAGCAGGUCAUAUUUUUCCACUAGCGUUUUGUGUUGCAGAUUCUGAGAAUGACCAAUCUUGGAAAUGGUUCUUCAAAAAAUUUAAAGAAGCGUAUGGGGUCCGGGAACACCAAUGCCUAAUUUUAGACAGGAAUGAAAGCCUCAUCAAAGCAGCAAGAGAAAUCUAUCCAGAAAUUACACACAGUUACUGCGGUUACCACAUUUUGAGCAACCUUAAAACAAGCUUCAAACAACAUGCUGCCAAAUACAAUCUGUCAUUCUUUGGAGCAGUCAAAGCCUACACAGAAAAGCAAUUCGAGUUCCACAUGGCUGAAUUGGAUAGAUUGGACAAACGCAUAAGACCUUACCUAAAAAAAGUCAGUUAUGAAAAGUGGUCAAGAAUUCAUAGCCAAAACAAGAGGUAUUCUACAAUGACCUCAAACAUAUCAGAAUCACUGAACGCCGCAAAUUUGGCAGCAAGGGAGCUACUAAUUACAACGCUGCUAGAAUGCUUGAGAGCAUUGGUGCAACAAUGGACGCAUACUAAUAGGACAAAAGCACACAACACCUUCACUAAGCUAUCACCAACUGGAGAAGACAUCUUUUCUUUGAAAAAUUACACAUACUCAUUGAAUGGAGGAAGGCUGGAUGGGAAAAGGAUCAACACAACAAGUGCAGCAAAUGUGGUGAACUGGGGCAUAACAAAAGAACAUGCAGCAGAAGACGUAGAAGGGAAUAAAAACAACAACAGAACAACAGUGGAAAAACAAAAGAAAACUACACAUACGUUUUGA